AUCAUUUAACCUUAGCAGUCAGUUGGAUAUAUACAAAUGCAAAACAAUAAAAAUUUUUAUACAUUUAUCAACAUUUCAGUUUACAAGUAACAAGAACUUUGUGUAUUAAGGAGACCCCCUCAGAAAAAAGGGGAUUAUUGAUGAAAAUACCACAAGGAGAUCUUGUUUUGCAUUUCAAAUUGUGUUUUACCUUUUGGCGGUAAGUUUCAGUUCCAUUGCAAGGAUCUAUAGGCAAAUUGUUAGGGAUGGUGCGCGCUAACCGACGUAAGCCCAUCGAAGAGGUAUAUGGCACCAAAUUGGAGCCCAUGCAGCCGGCCCGACUGCAGGUCAUCCCGCAACCGGGCAUGACCAAGACGGCCGCCAUGCGCGUGAACUCCUCGCGCCAGGGGGACGCUCGCACCCAGCGCAGCUACGUGACUGCCAACGAUUAUUACAUCACUACGAAUGUGCCACUGAACGCCACGAAUAUGCGCGCAGCGCCCAGUGCCGUGAUGACCCAUCCGGCCAAGUCGGGUCAGCUGCCGGUGCAGCUCCAGCAGGCGUCCACCCAGAUGGCCAGCUACGGAUCGCUGUCGAACCGGCGGAGCAAGCCUAGCGCUCGGCAGCCGCUGACCGGCCAGCCGGCGAAGGUGCACUUUGUGCCCGCAGAGAGCAAGGCCAACUGCCAUCCUCGUCCACAUGGGCACGGGCAUCCGUAUGGCAAGGCGAUGCCACUGCAGAUGACACAGCGCACGGCCUAUGGGCCGAGAGACUGUGAGAUGGAUCCCAAUCCCACGGAACUGUCGGACAAGGAUCAAAUGCUCAAUGCCAACUCGAUGAAUGGCCGCCGAUCCCAUGGCCAUUCGCAUCAGAAUCCAAAUCAGCAGCACCCACAGCAUCCCCCACAUCCCCUACAUCCCCUACAGCACCAGCUACACCAACAGCAGCACUUGCCGAGCAACAAUAGCAUCCACACGAACAUGCAGCAAAUGCAUCAUCACUCGCAUCAGAAUAUGAAGCACCAGCAGCAGCAUCAUCUGCAACUCCAGCAGCAACAAUUACUUCAGCAACAACAUCAGCAGCAGCAGCAACACCAACAACAGCAACAGCAGCAACAACGUGGUCCGGCGCAUAUGCGCCAGCGCGGCGGCAUGCAGAGGACCGUUGUCACCGAGGAGGAGGAGGAGAAGGAUGAGGAUCCCGAGGAGUUCUUCGAGCUCAUACGCCAGACCGUGAGAAAGGCCGUUGGCACAACCAUUUCGGAUGUAAUUUCGCGGAAUUUCCGUGACCUAGCUAACAAAAUGGAACGCUUCUCGAACGAGCUCAAGAUGACCAAUGAGAAUUUGGGCAAACUGCAAACGGAGGUUACCAACAAGGUAAUCCGCUACGGAGAGGAGAACACACGCCACUUUCGGUAUCUGUGCAUGAAGUCUGAAUAUGACAAGAUGUUCUACCAGCAGCAGACACUGACUGCUGGCAAUCAGCUGUCUGCUAAAGUGGCCCCGGCUCCAGCGAUGUCCAAUGCGAAGGCGACAGCGAUGACGACCACGAGAGUUGCCAAGCAGGCGGCCACCUUCAACAUGAAGGCCGGCAAGCAGCUGACGGGCAGGAAGCUGGGCUAUGCUAGUCUGAAGAAAGCACCAAUCGAUUGCGUCAAGGAGCAGAAUAAUUGUGCAUGUCGCAGCACUUCGAAGUCCUCACACCAGCAGGCGACGGAGGAUCACCAGUCGUCAUCGGAUCAGAGCGUCAAUGUCAAGUCCUCGGAGCUGGGUGUGCGCGAAGUGUUGGGGCAAAUACAGCGCUUCUGCACACAGAUGCAGCUGGGCGAUAUGAAGGAGGAGCAGCCGAAAUACAACUCACAGACCGGCAUCUGCAGCAUGGAUCUCAGCGAGAAGAUAAGCUCCGGCUCCACCAAUUUGCCACACGACAAGACUUGCAGCAACGCCAAGCCAAAGCCACACGCCCCAAUCAAUGCCACUCCAGCUGAUGCUGUCGACGAGAUGGACACUCCGGUCGACAGCAUGGACGAGAUUGAGAUUGACAAUUUCCAAUACAGCUCUGAUGAAAUGUCCUCGUACAGUGAUGACGACAGCGAGGUGAAAUUCUCUGGCAGCGCCACAGCCCGUGCGCCACUCCAGUCAUCCAGGGCUAAGCUCCCAGCCCAACACUCGAACAAAGGUGCCGGCGAUGGUCAGUAAUCUAGGCAAACAUCCACACACACACACACAUCAAUACACACACAUACUCACAAACAGUGAACGAAUGCCAAAAGACGAGCAAGACUAAACAAUCCAACUGAAUUUUCCUGAGAUCAUCUUGCGUUGUGGUUUACUUUUUUUUGGAUCGCACAAAAUUUUAAAUGUCAAGUGCUAAGCAGUGGGAAGGUGGGGAUCACGAAAAAACGUUUGGAUAUUUUUUACUGAAAGAAAUUUGUUCAAUGCGUGACUUUGUUUUAUUGCCUCAGGAAAAUACAUAAAUCAAUAAAUGAUUGCUGUAUGAUGCAAUGAUAUGAUACAAAAAACCAAGUAAA